GCAUGGUGAGGCGCACCUGCUUCAAUUCUUGAGCUCUCCGAGUUACUGGCAGCGUGCAAGGGGAGCUGUAAAGUCACGGAGGGGCAGUGACGAAGUUGCACUGGCUAGGCCUAGAACUCAUUUCUUACUGGCAGUGUGCAAGGGGAGCUGUAAAGUCACGGAGGGGCAGUGACGAAGUUGCACUGGCUAGGCCUAGAACUCAUUUCGUGAGCUAAGGCGUAGUCAUUCCUGACCCCUUGGACCGGCCAUUUUGCUGUCAUGUCGGGUAAGAACGACAGUAUCCGCCGAUCGCUCCUUCCCUGGAUUGGAUGUAACUACUCUCCUCUUACGAACCAUUUUAUUAGGUUGUUUUAUGUUAAUCAUUGCGGGUUCCCCUAUUUCCCACGUGUGACUGCAGAUCCGAGGUAUCUCCACGGGUAUCCGCCUCCGCAGGGUUACCCAGGAGGUUACCCACCGCAGCAGGGUUACCCGCCCGCGGGAUACCCUCCACCUGCGGGGUACCCCGGCGCUCCUCCCGCCGGUUACCCGCCACCCGCGGGGUAUCCCCCGCAGGGUUAUCCGCCUCCCGCUGGGUAUCCCCCUCAAGGAUACCCUCCUGCCGGUUUGCUCGACAGAUCGAUCCAUUAAUUUCCCAGAGCGCUGAAGAUUGAGUACCCAUG